AUGGGGCAGGACCUAACUAUGAAACUACGGGGUACUGGGAAAGAAAUCGUGAGAGGCGUGUCAAGUCGUCAAAUGAAAUUACUAGGCAGCAUAAAGCUCAAACUCAGAUGGGGUCAGGAGGAGAGACCCAUAGAGAUGUUUGUGGAAGCGGAGGAUGGGAUUGGUGAUCCGUUGCUGUUGAGUACCAAGGCGCUUGUGAAGUCCCGACGCUGA